UUAUUUUUAUUUGACCAAAAUAAAAACGGUCAUCGUGAGAAUCGCGUAAGUAAAAGGAUUUUUCUUUGGAAAUCCCAUUACCUAAAAACCUACUGCACGAAACUUUUUUUUCUUAUUGGAAGAGUUUUCUAAAAUAAUAGAAACGAAACUAUUUGUUCAGAAAAUAUUUCUUGUGAUUGGAGAACGGACUUGUAUUUUUCCAACUUGGUGUGCAGUUGUUCUAACCUUUGCAUGGCUCUCUCCAAACGACCACGCGCUUGUACCAACAACAAUAAUAAUAAAUACAUGUGAGAAGUUGACGAGCCUCUUUUCAGCAUCCACUUGACUCGACUCAAUUGGGCUCCGACAUCUCCUCGACCCUUGGAGGCGGAGUCUUAACUUAUUAAAGGAACUUGCGGAAGCUCGGACGCGCGCAAAUAUGAUGAUGAUGUCUCUGAACAGCAAGCAGCCCUUCGCCAUGGCGCACAGCAGCCUGGCCGAGCCCAAGUAUUCGCUGCACUCGUCCUCGGCGUCCACCCUGACCUCCAGUGCGCCUUCCUCCUCGUCCUGCUCCUCUUCCUCCCGCAUCAGCAGCACCAUCAUCAGCAGCACCAGCAGCAGCGGCAGUUCGGAGGCGAUGCGUCGCGCCUGCCUCCCAACCCCACCGAGCAAUAUAUUCGGCGGCUUGGAUGAGAGUUUGUUGGCCCGCGCAGAAGCUCUGGCGGCGGUGGAUAUCGUCUCGCAGACCAAGAGUCACCACCACCACCCUCCGCACCACAGCCCCUUCAAACCGGACGCGACCUACCACACCAUGAACACGCUGCCCUGCACCUCUUCCUCCUCCUCCUCUUCCUCCGUGCCCAUCUCACACCCCUCCGCUCUGGCCGGACACCACCAUCAUCACCACCACCAUCAUCACCAUCAGCCGCACCAAGCCUUAGAAGGUGACCUGCUGGACCACAUCACCCCGGGGUUGGCGCUCGGCUGCCCCGAUGGAUCAGUGGUGUCAACCCCGGCGCACCCCGCGCACAUGGCGGGGAUGAACCACAUGCACCAGGCGGCUCUCAACAUGGCCCACGCGCACGGGCUGCCACACAUGGGCAUGAACGACGUGGACGCGGAUCCCAGAGACUUGGAGGCUUUCGCAGAGCGCUUUAAGCAGAGGCGGAUCAAGCUGGGGGUGACCCAAGCGGACGUAGGGUCGGCCUUGGCCAGCCUCAAAAUCCCUGGCGUGGGCUCGCUCAGUCAGAGCACCAUCUGCCGCUUCGAGUCCCUCACGCUCUCACACAACAACAUGAUCGCACUCAAACCCAUUCUCCAAGCGUGGCUGGAGGAAGCGGAGAAGUCCCACCGCGAGAAACUGAACAAGCCCGAGCUUUUUAACGGCGCGGAGAAAAAGCGGAAACGCACGUCGAUAGCAGCUCCGGAGAAGAGGUCACUGGAGGCCUAUUUCGCCAUCCAGCCCCGGCCCUCCUCAGAGAAGAUCGCAGCCAUCGCAGAGAAACUGGACUUGAAGAAGAACGUGGUGCGCGUUUGGUUUUGUAACCAGCGACAAAAACAGAAAAGAAUGAAAUACUCUGCAUGUGUUUAGAUCCACGUGGAACUGUCAACAUCUGUAUCAUAUUUCACAACACCUUUUUCAAUCAUCGAACUAUUUCCUCUAAAAGAAAAUAAAGUCGAGAGUAAAAGCCACGGUGAGGGGGACAUGUGGAACCGUUUGACACAGCAAGUAAGACACUGUUUUUACAAUUGACUAUUACGCACAGCAUAUGUAGCUACAGGACUGUGUGGGCUCCUGUUUGGGGAUAGGAGUGUGUUUGUGCGUCAGGCGCGUGGGGGACUUUUAAAGCACUUGUUUGGCGUUUAUCUCAAUGGAGUUUAAUAGAGAUGAGGCCCCGCUGUAAAUGACCACACUUCAUUUUGUGUCUAAAUGUGUAAUUAUGAAUUCUUUGUGUUAUCUAACGGGGGCUCUGUUUUGAAGAAGCCCUUUUAUUUACAAAAGGCCCCACGUCACUGCUCUUUUUUCCCCUCAAACGUCUGAUUUCUAAACCGGCUGCAAUAACUCCAGCGUGGGCCGGCGUCUUAUGAACUAUUUAUUGAGUGAGGUCAUGUUUACUUCAUUAUAUAUUUAUUGGGAUUCCCCUCCUCGUUUUUGCUUGAGAAAAUCAAAUAGUGCGCGCGGUGCAAUGCGUAUUUGGAGACGGUACAAUCCAGAAGAAUAUAUGCGUUGUUUUCCAAAUGCUUUCUGUAUGUUUUGUAUAAAUAUACUUAUGGAGUCGUUGCUUGUUCGAAUCACCUUAAAAAAUGUUUUGUUUCUUGAGAAAAAGAGCAGCUUUGUGAAACUCUGUAAAUAUGUCAUUGAUGCACAUAAAUAUAUCCGUAUACAGGUUUUUGCUGUAUUGUUGUUUUAGCUGAUCUUUCUGUAUAAUGUAUGUUGCUUUGGGCUUUGGAAUUGAUCUAUUCCUUUAUUUCCAUCCAUGUAACGUUAAUUUAUUUCAUUAUUGAACUGCAAUGUGUUUCAUUAAAGACUUAACUUUAAC